CCAAAUUAAAUCAUUCUUGUGUGAGAAGUAGUAGUAAGAUCAUUACAUAGAGUGUUUGGUUAAAAAGUCAUCAUGGUGUCCUCUAUUGUGUUUGCGAUACAAAUCUGCUUGAUACAGUAUGCACUCAGUCACCCAACCAACACACCAACCAUGACCAGUACAGACCAAGUUCGAACCAAUACCCGCAACGCCCAAUUAGAAAGUCUUCUACCCAUCCUGGAACCUGGCCCAGUCAUUGAAACAUCAACAAAAGGCCCUAUAGUACCAAACCUGCUACCCAUAUUGGAGCCCGGCCCAGUUAUUGAAACAGCGAAAAAGAUUCCAGUAGUAUCAAACCACUUACCCAUUUUGGAGCCCGGCCCAGUUAUUGAAACAGCGAAAAAGAUUCCAGUAGUAUCAAACCACUUACCCAUUUUGGAGCCUGGGCCAGUCAUCAUCAGACCAACCACCAACUUGGGCAUGUCCAGAACUGCCAUCCCUAGAACGCCUACAGAAGCUCGGAACAUCCAAUUAGGAGGUCAAAUUGCCACUCAAGGAGCUGAUCUUGUCAAGGAUACUGUAGCCAAGGUUCCUGCUGUACCCAAGACCCCGAUCAACCCUUAUAAGCCCUUAAUGGCAAACAACAACGCUUUUAUGAACUCAAGCAUGGCAAACCUUGGUUUGGGCAUUGGCAUCUCAAGGCAAGCAGUGAAUGAAGCUCGCAAUACCCAAGUAAAAGGCCAAUCACCCAUAUUGGAGCCUGGCCCAGUCAUUGAAACAACUACAAGGGUCCCAGUAGUACCGAACCAACAUAACAUCUAUGGUACACAUAUAGUGCCAAGCAGUAACGACUUUAUGCUAACAAACUUAGGUAUUUCUAAAGCUGUUAUUCCCAGAACAUCUACAAAUGGAGCUCGCAAUAUCCAAGUAGAAGGUCAGGCGUCUGAGGUUGUUAAAGACACAGUAACCAAGGUUGCUGGGGUCCCUAAGAACCCAAUCAACCCUUAUAAGCCCUUAAUGGCAAACAACAACGCUUUCAUGAAUCCGAGUAUGGCAAAUAUUGGUUUGGGCCUCGGCGUUUCUAGACAGGCCAAUGGAGCUGGCAUGCCAAUGCCAAGCCAAAGGUUUAAUGGAGCUGUGAUGCCAAAGACGGCGCAUGGCCAAUGGUCUGGUAGUCCAGUAGGUGUCAGUGAUGAAAUGCCAAUGAUGUGGCAGAAUGGCCGUAAAACGUCGCGUACUAAUGAUUGGUAAGUUGUCAUUUAAUG